AUGGCACCUUCAACCAAUGGCAUCCAGGGUCCACGUGACCUCUCAAUAGUCAACCUGGAUCGGCGAACCCUCCCCGGGCCUCAGCUCCUUCAUGAAUUGGUUGCUCCUCCGGUCGCGGACCGCUUGAUACUGGAUUUCCUACUGUCACAUGGAGAACUCGUGAAGCUCGAUUACAGCUGUUUCCACCGCUUGACUGAUGCUUUGGCAAGGGACAUCAGGGCUCAGUUAUAUCGUGAGAAGAAAGACAAACAUGUCAUCCCGGUCAUCAUCCCGCAAUGCCCGGAGCUCUACAUUGCUUGGGUGGCUACCUUGAAGGCUGGGGCGGCUUUCUGCCCUGUUAGUCACGAUGUUCCCCCAGAAAGGUUAAAAUUCAUAGUAAAGGAUGUUGAUGCAUCCUUCGUUCUAACCACCUCUAGCACACUGGGAAGAGUACAACAGCUGCUUCCAGAUGAAAUAUGUAUGUCUCUUUCAUUCAAAGAGCUCAGCGACAGAACGCCUUCUGGGGAAAGCCAUGGGUCAGCCCUACCCGCGGUCCGUCCCAGUGGGCCGGCGUAUGUUAUGUACACCUCCGGCUCAACAGGCAUGCCAAAGGGUGUUAUGGUGUCACAUCUAUCAGUUACUCAGUCGCUGCUAGCACAUGACGAACAUAUACCCCAUUUCAAGCGAUUUCUACAGUUUGCUUCACCUACAUUUGAUGUCUCAAUAUUUGAGGUCUUUUUUCCGUUCUUUCGAGGUGCAACUUUGGUAGGUUGUGAUCGUGAGCGCAUGCUCUCUGAUCUUCCUGCAACCAUCCGACUGCUUGACGCCGAUGCUGCCGAGCUAACUCCUACCGUGGCGGGGACACUUCUCAGGCGCAGAGACGCGGCACCAUGCUUGAAAACUCUGUUGACCAUCGGAGAAAUGCUGACACCGCAUGUCGUCUCAGAGUUUGGGGGCAGCGUGGACAAACCGAGCAUGCUUUACGCAAUGUACGGACCCACUGAGGCCGCCAUUCAUUGCACGUUGGCGCCGAAGCUGGCUUCAAAUGCCUCAGUGCGUAGCAUUGGACAGCCUCUUCAGUCAGUGACCGCCUUCAUAUUAAAGGAAUCCGACCAGCUCGAGGUGGCAGCUCUUGGGGAAUCAGGCGAACUCGCCAUUGCGGGCCAACUUGCCGAUGGAUAUCUAAACAGGCCCGAUCAGAACAGGGUGGCUUUUGUCGAAUUACCCGGUUACGGUCCCAUUUACAGAACCGGUGACCGGGCUAUAUGUCGACCCGACGGACAGCUAGAAAUCCUCGGACGUCUGGCUUCUGGCCAGGUCAAACUUAGAGGGCAAAGAGUUGAGCUUGGGGAAAUAGAAGAAGUUGCAUCAAGAACUCCGGGUGUUCAGCUUGCCAUCGCAAGCAUCAUCGACGACAAUCUAGUUCUGUUCUGCUCCACAAGCCAUACGAUUCAAGCUUCUGAGAUCCUCGCAACCUGCAAGUCUUGGUUGCCAUCUUAUAUGCGACCUAAUGAGAUCGUUGUACUCCAGGAAGACAUUCCGCGGCUACCUUCCGGAAAGGUUGAUCGCAAGACGCUCGAGCGCGACUUUUGGCGCCCACGCAAAACCAAAGAGGACAACAAUUUUAUCAAUGACACGGAACGAAACAUUGCGCAGGUUCUUGCGGAUGAAUUGGCUCGCAAGGUGGACAGGUCAACAUCGCUCUGGUCACUGGGCUUAGACUCCCUCAGAGCAUUCAAAAUUGCAGCAAAUCUCCGCCAAAAGCACAGAUCCAUAAACGCUGCCAUGCUCCUGGAAGCCGAGAAUGUAGCAGAUUUGGCCGACCUUAUUACGAGGUCGCCGCCUGUGCAAGGGCUGUUUGCUGCAGAAUCAAGCUACGAGGACUCCGAAAGUUGGAUUGCAAUUGAGAAUUCUCUACGCAACAGUACCGAGUUGGCUGACCUGUGGCCAGCAUGGGAGAAGGUCGUGCCCUGCAGUACUAUGCAGGUAGCGAUGCUCGUGGAGACUUCUGGAAAUGAAAAUUUGAACUUCAAUGAAAUAUGUCUCGGAUUAGCGCCUGAUGUGAGCUUCGAUGCAUUUGUCCGAGCUUUCGGCAUUGUGGCAGAACGGAACGAAAUUCUGCGGUCUGGCUUCAUGGCCACCGGUGAACAAGCAAUGCCAUUUGUGCACAUUAUCUGGCGUACAAUACCUCAAGGGGAUCUCAGUAUGCUCAGACCUUUGCAGAUUGAGCUUGUUAGCACUCCUGAGAAGGAGGAAGUGCUGAUACGGGUCCACCAUGCCUUGUACGACGGUUGGUCGUGGGAGUUGGUGAUGGAUGAUCUGAACGCCAUCCUCUCUGGAGCGGAUAUACCCCUUCGGACUCAGUUUUCAGCGUUCCGCUCAUUCCAGCAUUCUCUAUUCUCUGCUGAUAGUACAGAACACGACGAAUACUGGCGUCGACACUUCGAAGGCUUUGUGCCUUCAUCCUUUCCUAAUCUAUGCUCGACCCGACCCGAUACUCCCUCGAAAGACUAUCUACUAAUUCCUUUGUCCACAUCCUAUGACCAGGUGUCUGUUACUGCAUCGACGCUCCGUUGUAGUCGAGAAGCGAUCCUGGAAGCAGCAUGGUCAUUCGUGUUAUCGUCCUAUCUCGACAGUCAGGAUGUCGCCAUUGGCGUUGUCUUUGCUGGCCGUCACCUCCCUCUGCUGGGAGUGGAAUCUGUCAUUGGGCCUUGUCUGUCUACUUUCCCCUUGCGCACAGACCUUAACAGCUUGAGAACGGUACGAGAUCUUGUCAGCUUUGUACAAAGACAGCGUACAGGAUGCUUGAACUACGGUAACACAACACUGCGCAAUAUCAACCAUGCUGCAGGAGUACGAAGCGAAAAAAGACUAUUCGACACGCUGUGCGUAUGGCAGCAGACAAGCGAAGGCCACGAGCACGCCCGUUCCAAAGUGGCUACCAUUCGGACUCGUGAUGCAUUGGACUACGCCCUCGUACUCGAAUUUGAGCCCCACAAUGAGAGCAUCCGCCUCAAGCUCACCUUCGAUACUUCCCUCGUACCCGUUGCGCAUGCGAAGCUCCUUGCAAACCAGCUGGAUUAUAUUGCCAAUGAGAUGGUUCACAAACAUGAUCUUGGCUUGCAGGAGUUGUGGGAGAAGGCAGGCCAGGGACUUCUCUCGCUCUCUAAUGUCCAACCCGAAAGGUUCAGCGAGAAAUUUGGCCUUACGACGACAAUUGAACACUUAGCAGAAGCUGAUCCCCACAGACUGGCUGUUGAGUUCGUCCACUCCUUCAACCCGGAUACAGGUCACGUUAACAAGGAGAGCUUGACGUAUAGUCAUCUAUACGAAAAGGCCUCAAGGGUAGCAUCGGCGCUCCGCUCCAAGUUCCAUGUCGGUCCGGAUGACCUUGUGGCAUUCAUUGCGCCAAGAUCAAUCGAACUGUACAUCGGCAUUCUUGGUGCCAUCAUGUCUGGCGCUGGAUAUCUCUGCAUUGACCCGCGAACGCCAAUGGAACGAAUUGGCCAUAUAAUCGGCGAAUCCGCUUGCCGUCUUGUUCUAACCGGGGAGUGCCUAGAGAUUGAAAUACCCAAUGAUGUCCCUACAUUGUCAAUAGAAAGAGUGGUGCAGCAACCAUCGGCCCCUUUCAUGCCGCGACGGCUUGAGUACACAGGCGACCAGCUCGCAUAUGCGGUCUUCACAUCUGGCAGCACUGGCGUCCCUAAAGGCGUCCUCAUUACGCGCAAAAAUCUCCUAAGCAACCUUGAGGAUCUAUCUCGGCUGUAUCCAUGUAUACCGGGUGAGGAUCGGCUUCUGCAAGCAUGUUCUCCUGCCUUUGAUGUCUCUGUAUUUGAGAUCUUUUGGACAUGGCACAUGGGUAUGACCCUAUGCACUGCAUCUAACGACGUUUUGUUCAAGGAUCUUGAGCGCUUCAUCCAUGUUUUGACCAUCACUCAUCUGAGCAUGACGCCCUCUGUGGCUGCACUUGUCAAUCCCGAUGCUGUUCCAAGGGUAAAAUUGCUAGUUACCGCAGGGGAACCCAUGAACUCCCGUGUUUUUGCGGAUUGGGCAGACCGUGGCCUGUUUCAAGGGUAUGGCCCAAGUGAGACCACAAACAUUUGUACUGUUCGGCCGAAUGUGACAAGGUCGAGCGCCUCCAAUAAUGCUGGCUUUCCACUGCCAAACACGUCCGUCUUCGUAUGCAGACGACAAGAGCGCUCACAAACGCACGUGGCCGGUACUGCCACGCCCGGAGAUCCUUGGAUGUUCAGCCCAGUUCCCAAGGGAGGCACAGGCGAGAUAUGGAUAGGCGGCGAACAGGUUGGUCGCGGUUAUAUCGACCCAACGCUCACUGCCAAAGCGUUUUUCGAUCAUCCACGGUACGGUCGACUAUAUCGUUCAGGAGACAUUGGAAGGCUUCUUAGCGAUGAAUCUAUUACGAUCCUAGGCAGAGAUGACGACCAAGUCAAACUUCGAGGCCAGCGCAUUGAGCUAGGCGAGAUAAACUCAUGCUUGAUCAAAUAUGAAGACGUGGAAGACGCGGUUUCGUUGAUAGUCAAUGAUGGCCAUAGUGCAAGGCUUGUGGCCUUCUGGACCCCGCAUGAUCAAGCAAGAUCUCUCCCCCUGGCUAAGGUCACUAAGGCUUUGUUCGAGAAGCUGCAAGUUAUGCUGCCAAGCUACAUGAUUCCCGACUCUCUGAUCCGCCUCGACAGUAUCCCACUUACAAGACAAGGCAAAAUUGAUCGAGCGGCCAUGGUCGAGGCUUACCAGAAGCUGACACCAGAGCAACUGCAGGAGUUCUCCAAAGACCAUGGCUCAUCAGAGGAGGAGAAUGAUCUUUCUGAAGAGGAGAGACACGUCGCUCAUGCCAUCUCAAGCGCCUUGGAAGUCCCACCGGAAGCCAUUCGUCGCAAUACGUCGUUCUUUGCGCUCGGAAUGGACUCCAUCAGCGCAAUACGUGUGGCCCGCUCAUUGAGAAAUCAUUUUCCGGCGGUGGAGAUCUCCAUGCUUCUACGACAUCCAUCUAUCGGUCAACUCGUGCUGGCUUUGAAGAAUGCAGCUCAAGUUGAAGAGAACAAGAACCUCGAGGCGAGCUUCGAUGAGUCCUUAAAUUCCGACUGGAAGGCUACAGUGACUGCUACUUAUUUACAAGCAGGACUCAUCGUGGACAGGGUUCUGCCUUGUACUCCUUUACAAGAGGCGAUGGCCAGCAGUUCCCUGGAUUCUCAUUCUAGCGCGUACCAGAACAGCCUGAGAUUCCGGAUCUUCAGCGACAUAAGCAGGAUGCGCGAGGCGUGGGUUCAUGCCGUUUCCAGGCAUCAGCUUCUUCGGACGGGGUUCGCUCAAACAGGAUCCGCCGACACUCCUUUUGUACAGGUGGUGUUGAAGGACUUCCCACUUCCUUGGAAGACUGAAGGCGAUCAUGUCGAACCUGCACCAGACUUGCCGUUCUUGAUGUAUCCGCCGUGGAGAAUGACAUUGAGCCAGAAGGACGGUGGACAUCAAGAACUGGACCUUCAAAUCCACCAUUGCUUGUACGAUGCCGAGGCCAUGUCUAUCCUGUUAACCGAAAUCCAAGCCUUGCUCCUUGGGCAAGAGCUACAGCCGGCUGUUCCGUUUGACAACUAUCUGAGUUUCGUGCUUUCCGCUCAGUCGGAUGAAGUCGAUCAAUACUGGCGCCAGAAACUAAGAGGUUACUCUCCUAGCAGGCUCGGAGAACUUAUUAAAAAUGAAGACAGAACGCCAACCAAUGUUACAUCGGUGUCGGUACACAAGGCUACCCUCAAUGUGGUAGAGUUACAGAAUUCUGCGCGAGAAAGCUGCUCAACACCACUGGCACUUCUCCAAGUUUGUUGGACUCGGUUGCUCUUUUGCCUGUUUGACAAACAUGACAUCUGCUUUGGAAAUGUCAUGAGUGGGCGGAAUCUGCCUAUUGAGGGCGUUGACCGGGUUGUUGCCCCGUGCUUUAACACCGUCCCGGUGAGGGUGCAGGUCCAGAAAGAGACGUCGAAUGUUGAAUUGUGCCAGUACAUCCAGCAGAAGAACGUUGAAAUGCUGCCGUAUCAACCUAGUUCACUUCGCCGAAUACAAAGACAAAACAGCACGGACAGCAAACCCUUGUUCGAUACAUUAUUACUGUUCCAAGGUGAAGAACUGGAGCUCGACCAGCAGAUCUGGACCCUCGUGGAAGAGUCUGGUGACAUGCCGUUCCCGUUCAUCCUAGAGAUCUUGAUGCACGGGUCUACUGAUGUGAUAACAUUGAAACUGCACUCGCAAUCGGCAAACGAGAACGUCCUGGCACAGCUGUUAGAUUGCUUCGAUGCCGUUCUCUUACAUACGACAAGAUACCUGAAUGCAAGAGCACUGGAUUAUUCGGCCUUCGCUCCUGCGCUGCCGCAACUGAAACCCUUGAAUUCGUCAGCACACAUAAGUGAUUUAGAGGAUGGGAUGCAAAACGAACAGCACGCACAUAUGCGCAAUGAGCUGUCACACACCGAAGCAUUGGUUCGAGAUGUGCUGAUGCAAUUAAAACCCGACAUCAAGGACAACAUAACCAAAGACACCAGUAUUUUCCGUCUGGGGUUUGACAGUAUCAGUGCUGUACAAAUCGCCGCACGUCUUCGACAACAGGGAUACACUAUUUCUAGUGCGGACAUCUUGGAAGCUGUCACUAUCCAUGAGAUCGCAACAAUUUGCAAGUUACAGACCGAGGCGUCCCAAAUACCAGUGGGUUUCGACCUUGCGGCAUUCGACCGGAGAUACCGGCAGACAAUCUGCCAGGACAAUCAGAUCAACGAGGCACUGGUGCAGGCUAUUCGCCCCUGUACACCUACUCAAUCCGGCAUUCUCUCACAGUUUCUUCGCUCCCGAGGCCGUCUGUAUUUCAAUCGCAUAGUUUUCCGAUUAGAAGACGCCAUUGAUCCUCGGAGACUAAGGGAUGCUUGGGCAGCGGCGCAAAAUCUCCAUGAUAUGCUGAGGACCGGAUUUGUGGAGACAGAUGAUCCUAGAAUUCCGUUUGCCAUGGUAACGUACCACGCAGGCACAGUUCCUGUACCUUGGACUGAAGGCACAAUUAAUGGCAAUGGAGGCCAUUCUGCGAACUCAGUCCCUACGAGCCGAAUCAGGGAACACCCUUGGCAGCUGCGAUUUUUGGAUGGUGCCCUUCCUGCACUGGAGCUGUCCAUGCUGCACUCCCUUUAUGAUGCGAAGUCACUUGACAUCAUAUUGAGAGACGUGGCCUAUAUUUAUGCGGCCGGCAGACCACCAAAUCCUAUCGAGCUCGACCCAGUGAUCUCAGAUAUAGUUGCCAGGAGCCGCGACGAAGGCUCGAGGGAAUUCUGGGUUGGGAUGCUUCCGGAUCUUUGUCCUACUCGAUUCCCUGACCUUCGAAUCUACACCAACAACGAGGAGCACUUUCACGUUGCCUGUCAGGCAUCGCAGGUGCCUCGAGAGGUCGCUGAGCAUGCCUGCCAUAGAGCCGGUGCAAGCAUGCAGGCUGUGUGUGCAAGCGCGUGGGCUUUGCUCCUUUCCGCGUAUACUGCGCAGGAUCACGUUACAUUUGGCAUCAUCCUAUCCGGGAGGAAUUUCCAGCAGGAAGAGCAAAAUAUGGUUGUCUUCCCCUGUAUCAACACAUUGCCGUUUGCAAUUCAAGUCUCGCCGGACUUACCAGGCCUUCUACAGCGGACCUCGAAACGAUGUGCAGGCAUUUUGAGACAUCAGCACACCUCGGCAACCUCGAUUAAGCGCUGGACAGGCAUUCAGGAAGAGCUCUUCGAUACUGUCAUCGUCCUUCAAAAGUUCGACAGGGAAACAGGCCCAAAUAGGCCGUGGAGCCUCGAUAAUGAUGAUGCUACUGCAGAAUAUGCCGUUUCGCUGGAGAUAAUUCCGAAGGCCGACGAUCUUAAUUUCCAGCUUACCUUCAAGGAUAGUGUCGUCCCUCCGGAGCAGGCAAGCCAGAUUCUAUGUGAGUUCGAUGCUCUCUUUAGAAGCAUCCUCGACUUAAGGGGCUAUGAGCCUGAUUUGGACUCCCUGAAGUCCGUUGUCCCUGCAAAAGAGGAGCGGAUCAAAACCAAUGUACGCUUUCUGCACGAGCUGGUGGAGAUUGCAGCAACACAUAAGCCUCAGAGCAUUGCAUUGGAGUUUGUGACAAGUUUGGAUGGAGACCAGCCAGACAAAGCAAGCUGGACGUAUUCUGAGCUCGACUCCAACGGCAAUCGGAUCGGUCAUUUGCUUCAGAGCAAAGGUGCACGGGCUGGAGAGCUGGUAGCUGUGUGCUUUGAUAAGUGUCCCGAGGCUUCAUUUGCUAUCCUGGGUGCAUUGAAAGCUGGAUGUGGCUACGUUGCUAUCGAUCCUGGUGCUCCACGAGCAAGAAAAGAUUUCAUCUUGGAAGACUCGAGUUGUGCCAUCGUCCUGACAACUGGAGACAAGAAGUCCGAGUUCCCCGGUGACAAAAUCACUGUACUUGCACUUGAUGAAGGUAUGUGGUUGAAAUUCCCGGCCGAACCUCCUGUACCUUCAAGGAAGCUGGAUCCACAAGACACUUGUUACUGUCUCUACACAUCAGGCACGACUGGUACGCCCAAGGGCUGCCUGAUAAGCCACGACAGUGCAGUACAGGCCAUGCUGUCCUUUCAACGUAUCUUCGAGGGUAGGUGGGAUGAGACGUCUCGUUGGCUACAAUUUGCUUCCUUCCACUUUGAUGUCAGUGUGUUGGAACAGUUCUGGAGCUGGAGUGUGGGGAUUACAGUGACCUCUGCUCCUCGAGACCUACUGUUUGAAGAUCUUCCAGGAUUUAUUAGUGCGCUCAAAAUCACGCAUCUGGACCUAACUCCUAGCCUGGCGCGCUUAUUGACCCCUGAAGAAGUCCCGAGCCUCUGUCAAGGAGUCUUCAUUGUUGGCGGAGAACAGGUGAGACAGGACAUCCUGGAAACUUGGGGAGAUACGCACUGUUUGUACAAUUUCUACGGACCGAGUGAAGUGACGAUCGGGUGUACUGUUCACCCACAAGUCCCUAAGAACGCAAAGCCAACAAAUAUUGGCCAACAGUGGGACAACGUCACGUCUUUCGUGUUGAGGCCCACCUCUCAAGAGCCAGUUUUGCGCGGUGCUGUCGGUGAACUGUGUCUGUCAGGACCUCUUGUUGGUAAAGGUUAUCUCAACCGACCUGAACUCACCGCUGAACGUUUCGUCACAUUGGCGGAGUACAAAACAGGAGUAUACCGAACGGGAGACCUUGUUCGUUUGUUGCAUGACAACAGCUUUGAAUUUAUGGGCCGGAUAGACGAUCAAGUCAAGUUGCGUGGGCAAAGGUUGGAAGUUGCGGAGAUCAAUCAUGUCAUUCUCAGUACAGGAUCAACCCUCAAAGAUGCUGUCACAAUGGUUAUAAAGCAUCCCACGCAGCAGAAAGACCAACUUGUGACCUUUUUCUCAACCGAGAAAAGGAGAGCAAAGAAUGAAAGACCAUUGAUUGUGUCGACAAAAGAUACCAAAGAGCUGGCUCGGCACCUACAACAACGCUGCGCUGACAUGCUGCCUGCAUAUAUGGUGCCCACAUACUUUAUCGCCGUUUCCUCGAUCCCGCUCUCAGUCAACAAUAAAGUAGACCACAAGGCUCUGAGAGGGUUGUUCGAAGACUUCGCUAAGGAUGUCUGGUCAUCAGUGUCAGGUGAUCAUCCCGGACAAGAAGGUGAAGCCUCAAGGGAUGCCAAAGAGGUGACCGAUAUACUCGCCUCCUUUCUCAAAGUUCCUACCACUUCCAUCACUCCCAGUUCAGGGCUAUUUGAGUUGGGUCUGGACUCGAUUUCUGUGAUCGGACUUUCGCGAACCUUGAGGAAGCAUGGCUUCAAAACCUCAGAUGUUGCAACAAUUCUCAAACAACCUACUGUACGCGACCUGGCGGCAGCAGUUCAUCGAAAGAGCACUUUUGACCAUGGAGAAGCAGUGGCCAGUGCAAGAGACCGAAUCAAAUCGUUUGGAGCAGCUCAUCGCCGAACAAUCAUCCAAGCUCUCUCUGUUGACGACAAAGACAUUGAGAAUGUUGCUCCAUGCACUCCAUUACAAGAAGGCAUGAUGUCCAAAGCCCUGUGCAGUGAACCUGGCGACACAGUGUACUUUUCAUCCUUUCAUUUUGAACUCAAUGACAAGGUCGACCUGAAGAGAUUAGAAGAAGCAUGGAAACUUGCACAACAAUCGAUUUCAAUCUUGAGGACCCAUUUCGUGCCCACUUCAAGGGGAGUUGCACAAGUAGUGCUUCGUCAAACUCACAGUGGUGUGGCACUAGUUACGGCUCCGAGUUCCCACAAGUUGCCUUGCUUUCCACCAAAGAGCUCCUUCAGAGCAUGGGUUGGGUCAGUCAAAGGCUUCUCGGCAGCCUUACCUUGGAUAGUCGAACUGCUAGAAAGCGCCGGGAAAGCGUACAUGAUUCUCAAUAUCUUCCACGGACUUUAUGAUGGAAUCAGCGUUUCCCUCCUGCUGGAUGUGGUUUCCAGAAUUUACAAUCAUGGCCAUAAGAAUCUCCAUGUCGGAAUGCAAUUCUAUCAGAUCCUGCCUUAUGGGCCUCUGUGCUCAAUGCCCAAUGAGAAAGAAUUCUGGGUCUCGAAACUCGGCAAUGCGCAGUCUUUCAGCUUGCUUUUACCUCCUUCAGAAACUGGAAAUGAAGCAGCCCCGAUCUACCUGACUCAAUCCAUUUCGAACACGUCUCUGGAAGAUUUCUGCAAACAACUCGACAUUACAACUUCGGCGUUCUUCCAAGCUUGGUGGCUGUACGUUUUGCAACAGAGGUAUAAUGUUAAUCCAUUGAUUGGGGUUGUCGUUUCUGGGCGAGCACUGACAGAGGUCAACGCGGAGGAUGUCAUCGGGCCUAUGUUCAACACAAUACCUUUCGCCAUCGACCAUCUAAAGAAAGACUCGACUGUGUCAGAUCUCAUUCGGGCAUGUCACCAAUAUAAUGUUGAUGUCGUUCCAUACCAACACUCCCCGUUACGGCGUGUGGCCAAAUAUCUCGGAUGCAGUGGGAGCAACGACAUGUUCAACUCUUUGUUUGUGUUUCAGAAGCCGCGAAUAUAUGGGGGACAAGGCUUUCUGUGGCAUGAACUCCCAUCUCAGAGCACGCCGGAUUAUCCUCUCAAUAUGGAGGUGGAACAGCGCGGAAAUACAUUCAGCAUUACUCUUGUUGCGAAAUCAGGUUCCGUCAGCGAAGCAGGUGCCAGAGCGCUGUUGAGAACGUAUGUCGAAUGUCUGCAGGAUGUGAAAGCAACCAAGUCUGUUCUCCCUGAAGAUUUCUGCGAUUCGCGAGACGAGCCUGCAGUCAGCAGGCAAAACGCAAUGAUGGGACAAGAAUCAGACACCGAGUUGAACGGGCAUGCUGAAGAAGUACAGUGGACUGAAGCAGAAUUGGCCAUUCGAGACGAGAUCGCCGGACUUGCUUCCGUUGAAAAAGAGACAAUUGGCUUAUACAAACCGACACUCUUCGAGCUCGGGCUUGACAGCAUUGAGGCAAUGAAGCUUGCCGCUCGUCUCAAGAACGUCGGUCUCAAAGUUGCCGUCAGCACGAUUAUGAGGUCACCAACCGUUGCAGGCAUUGCUAAUGAGAUCAAUGCUGCUCCUGGAUGUCUCCACGAAGAAAGCCCACAGCAUAAAACAGGGUUCUCAAUAGCCGAAUCCCAAGGCAAAUACAGACAGAUCCUGCAAGAUCACGGCCUUGUAGUAGACAGCGUCCAACGAAUUUUGCCUGUCACGCCAAUGCAAGAAGGUUUGCUCCUCGAGUCGUCAAAGUACCUGAACGUCAUGGUCUUCCAGCUGAAGCCUGGAGUUGACCUCAGCCGUUUGGCUGUGGCAUGGGAGCGUGUGUCCGAGCUUGAGCCAAUCUUGAGGACUCACUUUGCAGAUACUGAAGAGCCCGAACUCCCGACAGCCUUUCUUCAAUAUGUGACGACAAAACAUGAUGCAGUGGAGGUUAUUCUUGGAAGCGGAUUGGCCCAGUUAGUCAAGAGCAUGGAAUCAGAAGCCGCAAGAGAAGACCUCAAAGACCAGAAACCUCGAAUCUGUAUCCUAUCGGAUGAUGAAGGGAAAAGUUUCUUGGUCCUGGCCAUGUCGCAUGCAUUGUAUGAUGCAUGGUCAAUGCACUUGCUCCAUCAGCAGGUCACAAACCUAUACCACUCUUCCCGUGAUGACGAGAAACGUCCCACCGAUGUUCAAUAUGAGAGCUAUGUGCAACAGGUGAUCAAUCAAGCACAAAGCCCGGUGUCCCAAAGGUUUUGGAGUAACCAGUUGUCGGAUGCCAAACCCACUCUCCUAGCGGCCAGCCUGCCUGCUCUAGACAACUCUCCCCCCAGCUUCCUGCUGCAGAAAGCUUCAUCAAACGUCACUCUGAAGGAGGCAUUGGACUUCUGCAAACAGCAAGGUGUGACCCUUCAGUCGUUGGGACUUGCAUGCUGGAGCAUUCUUUUAGCACACCACCUCCGCCAGAUUGACGUUUGUUUUGGUGUUGUUCUCUCCGGUCGCACAACUGAAGGAUCGGAAGGUCUCAUUUUUCCAACAUUCAAUACGGUGCUUUUCCGACCGAGGAUCCACGAGUAUAGUACCAAGCAUGAAAUGCUAAAAGGAAUUCACAUGGCGGCCGUACAAGUGUCGGAAUACCAACAGUUUCCAUUAAGGGAUGCUCUUCGCUAUGCCAGUGGACAAAGACCUGGUUCAGAGUUCUUCGAUAGCCUGUUCACCUACCAGAAACUGCCCGAGUCCAAGAACAGCAUACAGUCCCUAUAUGAGGAGACAGUAUCUGUUGAAACUACGAUAAACCCGCCGUACCCAUUCAAUAUCGAAUUUGAGGCGCAAGGUGAUGUGCUUGUCUGGACUCUGGCCCUGCAGGCAGGGAUUGGGGAGAAAAUGUUUGGUGAAGGAUUGUUGCAACAGCUCGAGUCAGUGUUGUUGUCCCUGGUGAACGCGCCAGAGGAUCCCCUUUUCGAGAAUGACCAGAGCGGUGUGUCGAUGUGCGGCUUGCCUAGUGUUCAAUUAAGUUCCCAGGACGACGAAGCCAACGGAGAAUACGGCAAGGCUAAAGGCCAGGCAGAGACAAACCGAGACCAUGAAGUGUGGACACCGAAAGAAGCCACCGUCAGAGAAGUCCUGAGUCAAGUUUCAAGCACCGGUCUCGAGAAGAUAAAAAAGACCACAGGCAUCUUCCACCUGGGUCUAGACAGUGUGAGCGCGAUCAAGGUUGCAGGAUUGUUGAAAAGAAAGGGUCUCCGGCUUCCAGUCAGUGAGAUAAUCACGGCACAAACAGUGGAGAAGAUGGCAGAGGCGGCAGACAAGCUGCAAGUUGGGAAUGUCGCAUCUUCUUUGAAGACUCUUGUGCCACGUGAGAACCAGCUCGUAUACCAAGCCGUCAUAGGCAGAAGUGGAAUACCUGCAGACGACAUUGAAGAUGUCUUGCCCUGCACCGGCGGACAGAUAUACAUGCUCGACAUGUGCUCAGCGAGCUCAGGCCGUUGGUCAUAUCCACAGUUCUGGUUGCGAGUGACCAACAUGAAUGGCAGCAUCCUCCGAAGAGCAUUUGAUAAGCUCGUCAAAAAAGUCCCGGUUCUCAGGACGACAUUUGUCAACCUCGAGAAUAAGCAUGGCCGUGAAGAAACGCUGCAAGUCGUUUUGAACAGCGAAGCAGUCGGCCGCUAUCGCUUUCCCUGGUUGUGGCAGAUCCGAGAGGAUGGAAAAGGAGCGCUGUUGCUGGUCCUCCGGCUUCAUCACGCCCUUUAUGAUGCGGUGAGCUUGCAACUUAUUGUGUCUGCGCUACAAAAGCUCUGCAACGAUUUCGAUGGCGGUCAACAACAGCAGCUACAGUUGAACACGUCAAUGCAUGAGUUCGUUUCAAGAACCUCUGCUGCCUGGCACCAGGCGGCAAAGGAGUUCUGGACAUCCUAUCUGAAAUCGAACGGCCGCGGUCCUAUUCUCUACUCCUUCGUCAAACCAGGCGCGUUUGACAGCACCCGCAUCGAGAGAUUCAACGCCAGGGUUCUUGCAAUGGGGCAAAUAAAGGAAAAGCUCCGGACACAAGGUAUCAGUCUGCAAGCAUACUUCUUCGCCGCAUAUGCUACGGUUUACUCGGCUAUGCUGCAACUCCAGGGGCACUCAUCCGACAGAAUGGUCUCCACUGGUGAUGUGGUGAUGGGGAUCUACCUCGCCAAUCGAUCACUGGACAUCGACGGGCUGACUGAGUUGAUUGCACCUACCUUUAACGUUGUGCCGCUUCGGGUUUGUGUCCGUGAUGACAAAUCGCUGAUCGAUACUGCGCUGCAGAUCCAACAUGAUCUCGCUGAGAUCAGCAGAGCCGAACAUUGCGGAGUCAGCAUGAGGGAUAUCUAUGCGUGGACAAACGUGAAAAUCGAUACUUAUGUCAAUUUCCUGUCUCUGCCAGCAGACAGCAAUAGCGAUGACGGUGACAGCGCUGCAUUCGAUGCACGAGAAGGAACUGAGUCCCUGUCUGCUGGACGGAAAGCUGUGCAAGUGCGACAUGCGGACGUUGACCAGAACCAGCUGGAAGAUACGGAGCCGGUGUCGCCUUUCCUAAAGGACUCGGCGCAACAUAACCAUACGACAGGAUGGUGUUUAGUAAGUUCUCCCUUCCCCAACCACAUGUUCUGUGGACUUUGA